AUUUCUUCCUACCCGGCAACGAUUUCUGCCGCACGGUCGACUUGCCCAGUAGACGAGGCGUCCUUAUAAAAGCGAGGGUAGCGCGCGGAGAUUCAGUGUGCUCACUGACUACUAUCAUGCACAGCACAACCAAACUGAAAGUGAUUAUCCUCUGCGGCCUUCUGGCCUUGGCCUUGGCCGAGGACAAGGUGAAGAAGGACACGAAACUUGUGGGCAAAAAAGAGGACAAGCCCAAAAGAGGUUUGGACCUCAGUCUCGGUGAUCAUGGAGGUUAUGGUGAACUUAGUGAACAUGGUGGUCUGAGUUUGGGAGGUGCUUUGGGCCCUGGAGAACAUAUCGAGACAGAGCAUAUCAAAGCCACAACCAUCACUAAACAUGUUCCAGUUUUGAAGCCGUACCCUGUCCACAAGGAUGUGCACGUGCCCUACGAAGUCAAAGUUAAAAUCCCAGUCAAAGUUGACAGACCCUACCCAGUUCAUGUCCCACAGCCUUACCCAGUUACGGUGGAAAAACAUAUUCCAUACACCGUUGAAAAACAUAUUCCAUACCCUGUCCCUUAUGAGGUCAAGGUCCCCGUCAAGGUCCCAGUCCACAUCGACAAACACGUCCCCUAUCCAGUGUAUGAACACUCUCAUCAUGGACAUGGAGGAUUGGAAGGACUUUCUGGAUUGAGCUGGGGACACUAAACCUUCAAGAAAUAAAAUCUCGGAUAGAUAUUAUGUGAGAAAAUUAGUUAAAUUAGGGUCUGGAACCUGGAGGUAGGAUGAGUCAUGUAAAAAAGAAUAGUGGAGAGGUGAGCGCCUUUCUGUUUUUCUUUCAUGUAAUAUAUCCUAUGGAUAUCUCAAAGAUUUGUCAAUUUUUUUGUAAUCCAAACUUUCUUAGUAUAUCUGAGACAAAUUUAUUUUCUGAAAGAAAUUUGUACAAACCACUCUCCAGGUUUCAAUUUCAUGUAAAUUUGUAAAAUUGCUUUAAAUCAAAGACUCAUCUACUCUUCCGCGUGCACACCCUUAGCUAGUAAAUUCGCAGUCCACGAAUGAUAAGUUGCCGGUUCGCACUCUAAAAUAAAAGCAAAUGUACUGGGACUCAUGUGCGCUGGCAGAGAAAGCACCAAUAAUGUAUUCAUUGUAAUUUUAUUCGGAUGUAACAUAUUUGUAUUUUUUUUACACAAAUAAAGAGAAGACAGCUUUUUAUUUAUGAA